AUGUUUGGUCGAAGAUUAUUGACGAAUCCGGAGAUAUGGGACGAACGAGGGGAUACGUAUAAAGAGAGCAGAGGUGCCCACCAAAGGGAUCUUCUAUCUCCUCGAUCGAAAAACUGUUUACUUCGAAGAAAACACAGUCAACACAUUCAUAUACAAAUAUCGAAAAUGCCUCGACUUCCAACCCGUAAAUUGGGCAGAUAUGGCCCUGAAGUAGUCGCCCAAGGCUUCGGAACCAUGGGCUUAAGUGCUUUCUAUGGCAGCACCGAAUCCGAUGAAGAGCGUUUCAAGGUCCUCGACCGCGCUUACGAACUUGGACAGACCAACUGGGACACCGCAGACAUGUAUAACGACUCCGAAGAUCUACUUGGAAAAUGGUUCAAACGCACAGGAAAGCGGGAUCAGAUAUUCUUGGCCUCCAAGUUCGCCUUCAAAACCAAUGAAGAUGGAACUCGUACUUGUGAUACCAGUCCGGAAUACGUGAAGGCUGCGUGUGCGAAGAGUUUACAAAGACUGGGUGUUCAAACCAUCGAUCUAUACUACUGCCAUAGAGUAGAUAAAAAGACUCCUAUCGAAAAGACAGUAGAGGCUAUGGCUGAGUUGAAGAGAGAGGGAAAGAUCAGGUACCUAGGGCUCUCUGAAGUCAGUCCGAAGACCAUUCGCCGUGCAGAGAAAGUACACCAUAUCGAUGCCGUACAAGUUGAAUAUUCUCCAUUUUCUUUGGAUAUUGAACAGAACGAAGUUUUGAAAACUUGCCGCCAGCUUGGCAUUGCCAUCGUUGCCUAUUCACCUCUUGGCCGUGGUUUUCUUACAGGCCAAAUUAAAUCUAGAGCUGAUUUUGAGCCUAAUGAUUUCCGUCUCAGCGCCCCUCGUUUCUCCCAAGAGAAUUUCCCAAAAAACCUCGUGCUCGUGAAGGAGCUGGCAAAGAUCGCAUCUGAGAAAGGUGUUACACCAGGACAACUUUCAUUAGCAUGGUUAGCUGCCCAAGGCGAUGACAUUAUCUCGAUUCCGGGAACAAAGAAAAUCAAGUAUUUGGAAGAAAAUAUGGAGGCCUUGCAUGUGCAACUUAGUAGACAAGAGGAGAGAGAGAUUAGGACAGCUAUCGAGAAGGUUCAGAUCGGCGGCGCGAGAUAUCCAGAAGCCAUGAAUAGCUUCUUGUUCGGUGAUACCCCUGAGUUGCGAUAG